AUGACCUGGAACAAUAUUGAGCAAGGUGCUUUCGACGCGACCUGCUCUUUGACUAGAACCAAGAAGAAUCCACUACCCAUCCUAGGUGGUCCCAAUGGUGAACGAAAAGACUACAAGGAUAUUCUUUUUGACAUGUACGGCAUGACUCUUUUCCAUAUUCUUCUUUCCGCUGCAACACCUCGCAAAGACCAGCUGUCCGUCCUCUUGGAAGCUCUUCCACAAUGUGUCCUUGGAUGGCCAAAAAAAAAAGAGGUUCAUGCAUUCGACUACUUGAGUGCAAGGUGGUUUCCAGAAUCAAAAGGAAUGAUGGAAAUGGCACUCCAAAGAUGGAUGAUUGAUUGGGUAUCGCAUUUGGGUAUUCGAAGCUGA